CCCUGUCAUAUAUAAAUAAACUCAUUCAGAUGGAUAAUGCAACAUUAACAGUCUCCCACGAUUUCAACAAUCAUGUGUUUCUUCGACUUUGUGUACAUUUCGCUGAGCUUAAUAUCACUUGCCACUUCGUCAGCGACAUCAAUCACCACAACCCCUGCCUGGCAAUCUCCCUGUGGAAAAACAAUGGUCCAGUCAACUCUCUUGGAAAUCUUAGGAACAGUUCCAAAGGCAACAGUACCCAUUAAAGGCAUGCUGCAUAAUGUCAUCAUUGAAUUGAAAGAGACAGAUGACAAAAUAGCCGAGAUUCAGCAAUAUUUCAUUCAACACAAAUUUAUUGACGCAGCUGAAGCUAAUGUAAUAACCGGUGAAGAAAGCAAUUUCCACCAUGUCAUAGGAUUUCCUUUAUAUCAGGCCAUCCAAGAAAACGAAACGAUAGAGGAUGUUUUCUAUAGAGAUUAUGCUACCUUCUCAUCAGUCUUGGUUUUCUUGGAGCAGUCAAGUUGGGACGUCAUGGCCAUACAGGGUAACACCCAAACAGUUUACCAGAUGUAUAAAUCCGCCAUUAGCAAAAUAUUGGGCAUUUUGUGCAAAUAUUUCAAUUCCAUGAAUAACAGGGACAUUUCUUACGUACCACGUGGGAUAAUGCAAGAUGAGGAUAGAGAUGUAAAUAUGGAGGCUAGGCUAAUUCGUAAACGGGAUUUUAUCAUACUGAAGGAUACCAGAGUGCUUUUGAAGAAAAUGAUUCCUGAUUAUGCUCUGCUGAAACAAACAGCACCUUGAAAACUAUAACAUGACGUUGAAAUGUAGAUGUAACAUAUCAUCUUAAAGUUGGUUGUCGAAUAUUGCAUUAUAGAUGGAUGGGCCUAAAACUCAUCAAUUUUUUUG